CUAGUAGUGAACUUCUCUAGUCUACCGGUUUGUUGUGCAUUUUAUAUAUUUUAUCAGUUUUUUAUUUGUAAUUCUUCCUACGUAACCUGUUAAUGUUAUCUACGUUUUUGUCCCUGAUAUAUGUGUUUUUUUAAUUUGACGAAAGAGAACUACGACUUCGGAAGGACUUUUACCAAACGCAAUAAAUUUAGGCUAAACGAUGACGAGCUUGUAAUGGCCCAAAAAUAACUUUUCGCGACAAAAUGAUACACCAAAUUUUCAACCCACCAACGCCAAAGCACAUUUUAGCCUUUAAAAUUUAAAACACAUGACGAAGCGAUACUCAGUCAUUUUCUCUGGAAAGAUGCCUCCAAAAUAAUAUUAAUAACCUGUUUACAAAAUAUCCUAGAUGAGUGAAGUAAAAAGCCAGAGCUAUUAAGAUCCAGGCGUCGCGACGCUUACGUCCCGCUGCUGACUGACGAUACGGAAAGACUGUUAAAUAAUACCUACAAACGCACGUUUUAGAUUUAAUGUAAAUUGUUUAUAUUAAAAUGGAAAACGAUCAAUCGGACUUGCAUCUGGCAAAAUCGGUGGCCGGUGGCAGUAGUGAGAAAAAAGUGGGUUUUGCUAGGCCGACGUUAAUUAUUCCGCCUCCUCAACAAGUGAAUUUUGGGCCCAGUGAAAAGCUGAAGCGUACACCUUCAGUUCCAAAAUCGUCGCAUACCCCUCGAGUAACUUACCUAACUCUCCCCAUACCCGAAGAAGGUUUAUCCACCGAAAGAAAAACCUCCCAAAUAAUGUUCGACCACAUAAACCACCUGCGACACCUUGGAAUGAGUACCGCCAAAACCAGUCUCGGCUUCGGGGAAAAAUUUGCCUACUGGCUCUACAACAAAGUUAAAUCGCUUAGCAAAAAAUGGUUCACUCACUGUUUCCUUACUAUUGUCAUGAUUAUUUACACAAUUGGCGGAGCUCUUAGUUUUAUCGCUAUAGAAGAACCGUAUGAAAGCUCAGUUACAAGACCAGUUCUAAGGGACCUCAGGUAUAUAUUUAUCAGAGAAUUAACUGAGUUAUCAAACAGUAUGCCGAAUCAAACUCAUAACGAUGAAUGGAUGAAACUGGCAGAUGAAAGGAUGAAUGUGUAUUUCGGGCAAGUCAUCGAAGAUGAGCGGAUAAAACAGUUUAUCAAAGCUAACAGGGGACCCAAAGUGUGGACAUUAAUCAAUUCGAUAGUGUUUUGUGCCACCAUUUAUACCACUAUUGGUUAUGGUCACAUGUAUCCAAAGACUAACACUGGACGCGCCCUAUCCAUUGUCUACGCUCUGAUUGGCAUCCCUCUUUUCUUAAUUGCUUUAACCGAUUUCGGCAAGCUAUUUACAAGAGGCAUCAAAUUUGCUUGGUCAUUCGUAAGAAGACUUUACUAUACCGGAAGCUGUCGGAACGUACGGAAAAAUUCCGGAGUAGAUGACAUAUUCAAAGGAGCUCAGCACUUAUAUGACUACGCCACUUUCAAGCGGCCAUCAUUUUUCGACUCAUCAACUUCUCAUCCAGACAAUGAGAGCCAACAGCAAACCACCACCGACACCCCAACAACUCCGGCUAUAUCAGCCUUUGAAAUUGACGACGAGUUUAAUUUACCCAUAUCAGUAGCCCUAUUUAUCUUAGUGGCCUAUAUUUUCUGUGGUGCGGUUAUGUACAUGCUUAUCGAAGGCUGGACCUUCUUUGAAUGUUUCUAUUUUGUUUUUAUUUCAAUGACCACAAUCGGAUUUGGAGAUUAUGUCCCUCGAGACCCUUGGUUCAUGAUCGGUUCUAUAGUUUAUUUAGUGUUUGGAUUGGCGCUGAUGUCGAUGUGUAUUAAUGUGGUUCAGGCUAAGCUGAGCGAUACUUUUAAACAAGCUUCUGCUAAAAUUGGAGCUACUAUGGGCUUAGAGGUGGAAGAGGAGGAGGCAGGGGCAGAGGAAGAAGAAGAAGAAGAAACGGAAAGCAAAAAAGAGGAGGGUGAAAGCGAGAAGGUUAUGGAUAAAGAAGAUGGCAUGAAAAUUGAUAAUAUCGAUUAAAGAUUCGUUGUUAUGUUUUUUGUUAUUAUUUAUAUAAUAAAUAUGUUAGUGUUUUUAA